AUGGCGGCGGUGACGUCGCGUUUAUUGAGUGCACAUAAAUCGGGAAUUUGCUUUCCACAAUUCGGCCUGGCUUGGCUGAUGAAAGCUAUGCUCGGACUCGCGCACAGUACACCCAGCCCUAGUACACCAACAACAGAGUUUCUCCAGGCUGUAGCUACGAAUGAGAAAAAGACAAUUUCAGAAAGCCUAUUCAGGUCAUAUUAUGCAGCCCGGGUGACAGAUCAUGAUGAUACUUUGUUGAACGUAUAUUGUAACCUGUCUCGUCAAGCCGAGGUGCAUUCGCCGCUGCGAGAGGCCCUGCGCAGACUAGAGGACGAUAGCAAUUAUAUCAGGAAGUCGAUUUGGGCAUCUUACCGUCGUGGCCCUGGGGAGUUUGAAGCUAUUGUUGAGGAGGCUACCUUGGCGAUUGAGGCAAUAGAGCCAGAGUCCUUCGACCAUCCACUAAGCCAGGUAUGGAUUGCAAGCCCCCGGGAGUGGAAUAGGACUCGCGCAGCAUGUGUUUAUGCCCGUCAUCGUAAGGGCAAAUUUACGUGGUUCACAGUUGGUCGCGCAUUAUGCCAAAUCAAAGCGGAAAGUGGCCAAGCUAUAUCCAUGCGAGCUGAUACACUGGCGUGUUUCAAGUUCAGUCAAAAUCAAUUCUCUCGGUUUCUGAAUCAAGAAUAUCUUGCAGAAACGUCAAUAAUAUUCCGUACUAAUAUAUCGACCCAUAUCACCUACUGUGCAUCAUACAGAGACCUUACUAAUGCUCCAAUCCCAGAAGUGCCUGUAGUGGCUGAGACGAGAUGA